UCUUAUAAAAGUGGCGGGAGAUCAGUAAUAAUAUCAAUCAGUGAGCAUCAAGCAAGAAGAAACUACCAGAGAAAUCAUCCAGACAGAAUGGGAUCCAACGAAACUCUAGGCAUCCUCGAGAGGCUCAAGAGGGGGGUUGUCAUUGGUGAUGGCGGCUUCGUCUUCGCUCUGGAGAAACGUGGCUAUGUUAAGGCGGGUCCGUGGACUCCAGAGGCAACUGUGGAAUUCCCCGAUGCAGUGAAAGGCCUGCACAGAGAGUUUCUACGCGCAGGCGCAGAUGUCAUGCAAGCUUUCACAUUCUACGCCAGUGAUGACAAACUUGAAAACAGGGGAAACACAGCAAUGGAAAAAUAUUCAGGAAAUUCUAUCAACGACGCUGCGUGUAAGCUUGCACGAACAGUGGCUGACGAAGGCGGCGCUCUCGUGGCAGGUGGCGUUUCCCAAACACCGACGUACCUCAGCGGUGCCAGCAAGGCCGACGUUCAGGCCAUCUUCAGAAAACAGCUUGACGUCUUCAUAAAAAAUGAUGUCGAUUUCCUUAUAUGUGAGUACUUUGAACACGUCGAGGAGAUUGAAUGGGCUGUCGAAGUUUGCAAGGAGUCGGGAAUGCCCGUGGCCGCUAACAUGUGUAUAGGGCCUGAUGGGGACAUGCAUGGAGUUCCUACCGGGGAGUGUGCCAUAAGGAUGGCAAGAGCAGGCGCAGAAAUAGUAGGCGUGAACUGCCAUUUUGACCCAGAGACGAGUCUGGAGGCUAUGAGAAUGAUGAAGAAGAGCCUAGACGCUGCAGAGUUGUCUCCCUUCCUCAUGGUUCAGCCGCUUGCUUUCAAGACGCCCGAUGCGAGCAAACAAGGAUUCAUUGAUCUGCCAGAAUUUCCCUUCGCCUUGGAACCAAGAGUAUGUACGAGAUGGGAAAUGCAUCAGUUCGCACGAGACGCUUACAACAUAGGUAUACGGUAUAUCGGUGGAUGUUGUGGGUUUGAAGCUCAGCACAUCCGGGCAAUUGCCGAAGAGCUGGCUCCAGAACGAGGAUCUCUUCCUGCUGGGUCGAGCAAGCACACUCCGUGGGGAGGGGGACUUCGUAUGCACACGAAACCAUGGGUUAGAGCCAGAGCAAGACGUGAUUAUUGGGAGAAUCUCAAACCCAGCAGUGGUCGCCCUUUCUCAGCCGCCAUGUCCAAACCAGCCAAAUGGGGAGUAACACAGGGUAACGAAGAGCUCAAACAACACAAAGAGGAGACAACUCAGGAGGAGCUCAGUGAACUUUUCAAGAAGUCCACCCUGAGUGAACAGACAGAAGACAACAAGAACAGCUAUGUCACGCAAAGCUGAUGAAAUUCAGCAACGGUCAAUAUAUACUGCCAUGAUAUUUCUCUUUUGUUGAAAGUCUUCAUUGGUAUUAUUCAUGAAAGUGGUAAUCACUAUUUAAAAGCUGUAGCAUGAUCAGUGCCACAGUGGAUCUCCCUUGUAAGUUUGUUGGACAAAUGUUGUCUAUUGCUUUCAUGUUUCCACUCCUUUUUCAUUUACUUAUUAUUGAGUGUAAUAUUCUUGUCAUUGUAACAUGUACAUAUAUUUGGUGGAACGAAUAAAA